AUGGCUCUUCCCGUGCCGCGACGGCGGGCUAGCCUGAAGCGGUCGCCUCUGGAGAAGGCGGCGGACCCGGCCAGGAGGAUUUGGACCGAGAUGCGCCGCACGUCCUCGGGCCGGCGCCCGGCCUUCCACGUGAGUAAGGCGGAUGGCCUGCCGGCCGCGGCGACGCUCGUGGACGCGCCCGACCCCGAGGAGCCCGGCCGCAGGUCGGACGCGGUCCACCGCCGCCGCGAGCUCAUCCGGGAGACGGCGCUGCGCAACGAGCGGUCCAUUGGCGCGGACAGCCUGAGGAGCCUCGUGCCGUCGAUCGCGGAGGACACGAGCUCGGACGGCAGGGGGGGCAGCGUCGCCGAGUCCCCGAGCCCGCCCGGGAAAGGGGAUCUGCGUCCGUACGGGCCCAGGCGGGAGGGGCGUUGGGGGCUGGGCAAUUUAUGGUGA